CUAACCUAGGAACAGAGUGUCGAUUCGCCAUUCAUCCAUCUUCCACCUAACCCUAAUCCAGUCCCUUUGGUCGGUUCGCGCGUCCUUCAUUCACUCAUUCCACGUCGACCUAUCGUAGAAGACCUCUCACUGAAUCUGACAUUAUACCUACGCGUUUGGCCAGUCAUUUCCUGGCUCAUUCCGCUAAACCCGGUCGGGGAACGAGCCGAGGGCGGCAUGUGAAAAUUUGAUGUCCAUUUUCACUCACUUCAAAUUCUCCGAUCGACUUCAAGUACCAGGUUGUUUGCUCCCUCACUUAGAACACUAGAGCAAGACGUCGGAAUUGCACAUUUCAUCUCGGAUAUCCUCGGCCACGCCAUGGCGUCUCACGCGCCGGCUCCCCAGAGCCCGAGUCUCCCGUGGCGCAUGUCGUCGGCUAUGGUUAUGGGCAUGACAGGCGUCAUAUCGCGCUCCUUGCUGUACGGGCUCAACUCGGUCGAGACCACAGGGUUCUCACGGUUCCUCGAUAUAUUGAAUAACCGUCAGGACCCUGAAACGCGACAGCGCGGACUUCUCACUGUCUCCAACCAUGUUAGCGUUGUCGAUGAUCCGCUCAUUUGGGGCGUGCUACCCCUGAACCACUCUUUCAAUCCAUCCAACCUGAGGUGGACGCUAGGAGCUCACGACAUUUGCUUCAGUAACAAGUUUUUUGCGAACUUUUUCACAUACGGCCAAGUGCUGCCCUGCCAUCGGCUGAAGCAUUCUGCUCAUGGCGGUCUCUUCCAGCCAUCAUUAGCCCAAGCCAUCCGGCUCCUCUCCAGCCAGCCUUUUUCCUCUGCGUCCUCUUCAUCAUCGCCGCCCCUCGAACACCAUGACAUUCCCGACCCCUUCACUGUCGGCGCCCUCACCUACACCACCAAUGGCAGUGACUCCAUCCCUGCGCCCUCGGUCUACACCCGUAACCGGCACAGCUGGGUGCACGUGUUCCCCGAGGGGCUAGUGCACCAACACCAGGCUCGUGACCUACGAUACUUCAAAUGGGGCGUGGCGCGGCUGAUCCUCGAGGCUGAGCCUGCCCCAGACGUCCUGCCCAUGUUUAUCGACGGCACGCAGAAUCUGAUGCCCGAGGACCGCGGCUUCCCUCGCUUCCUGCCACGCUUCGGCAAGCGCAUCCGCGUGGCCUUUGGCGAGGUGCUAGACUACGAGGCUACAUUUGGCGACCUGCGGCGGCAGUGGGAGGGCCUAGUGCGCCGGUCCAACGAGGCUGCCGCUGCUGCCGCUGCUGCCGCCACUACCGCUACCGCUACAGCCCGUAACGAUGUGAAGAGCAAUGGGUCUUUGUUUGUAGGGUUAUGGGCCAAGCAAGACACCACACCGGCGUCGGCGGCAACCACUUCGCCAGCGACAAUACAACAACGGAUAAUGAUGCUCGGUGAACUCCCAGACGAUCUGAAGCACAGCAAGGAAGCACAGGAGAUACGUAUUGAAGUUGCCCGGCGCAUGCGCGAAGCAGUGCUGAAGGUCCGAAAAUCGCUCGGAGACUACCCAGACGCGGACCCGACGCUCGGCUCUGCUGACAUCUGGAAGGUUGAAGACCAGGUCCCUGCCAAGAAAUACAAGAGCAGAGUGGACGGGAGCGAGAUUAACCAGAACUAAUGGGCUGUCGGAUAAAGGACAUAUGGUUGACCGCAUGCGUCAACGUGGGAAAAAAACAUUAUAUCAUACCUAUAGAGACUCUUGUAUAUAUUUUUGUAGUUUGCUGUUUGGUAGAAGCCUUAGCCUCUGCUGUAUUGGCCUUGAACGAUCUCGGGAUAAAAAAGGGGUUUCCUCUUUCAAACCUGUUUUAUCGUGUGCUUAUGGUUUGAACAUACUGUACAUUUUCGGGCCCAAACCACCUAAUUAGUUAAUAUUCACACAGAUAACUAAUAGGAGUGUAUGUCUGCUACAGACUACGAGAAUUAUUAAUGGGUUUCAAUACUGUACAAUGUUUCUUAUCAUAGUUGUUG